GGGGCCCGGCCCGGCAUGGCGGCGCGGCGGUGCGCGGGCGGCGCGGCCGCUUUAGCCGAGGCGCCAGGUUGCGGCGCGGCGUUGGAGCCGGCCAGGGAGCUGUUCGAGGCCUGCAGGAACGGGGACGUGGAGCGGGUCAAGCGGCUGGUGCGGCCCGAGAACGUGAACGGCCGCGACACGGCGGGCAGGAAGUCCAGCCCGCUGCACUUCGCCGCAGGUUUUGGUCGGAAGGAUGUUGUCGAAUACUUACUGCAGAGUGGUGCCAAUGUCCACGCACGAGAUGAUGGAGGCCUUAUCCCACUUCACAAUGCUUGCUCUUUUGGUCACGCCGAAGUUGUCAAUCUCCUCCUGCGGCACGGUGCGGAUCCUAAUGCUCGGGACAAUUGGAAUUACACUCCCCUUCAUGAAGCAGCCAUUAAGGGCAAGACAGAUGUCUGCAUUGUAUUGCUGCAGCAUGGUGCUGAACCGACCAUCCGGAACACAGAUGGAAGAACAGCUUUGGAUUUAGCAGACCCAUCUGCAAAGGCAGUGCUGACUGGUGAAUACAAGAAAGAUGAGCUCUUAGAAAGUGCCAGGAGUGGAAAUGAAGAAAAGAUGAUGUCUCUCCUUACACCGUUGAAUGUUAACUGUCAUGCAAGUGAUGGCAGAAAGUCUACUCCUCUACAUUUAGCAGCUGGGUAUAACCGUGUAAAAAUAGUACAGCUGUUACUCCAACAUGGGGCUGAUGUGCACGCUAAGGAUAAGGGAGAUUUGGUGCCACUUCACAAUGCCUGUUCCUAUGGUCAUUAUGAAGUAACGGAACUUCUAGUAAAGCACGGAGCAUGUGUGAAUGCAAUGGAUCUGUGGCAGUUCACUCCUCUGCAUGAAGCAGCUUCUAAGAACAGGGUGGAAGUAUGUUCUCUUCUGUUAAGUUAUGGUGCUGAUCCAACACUGUUGAACUGUCACAACAAAAGCACCAUUGAUUUGGCUCCAACGCCCCAAUUAAAAGAACGAUUAGCAUAUGAAUUCAAAGGUCAUUCACUGCUACAAGCUGCAAGAGAAUCUGAUGUUGCUCGUAUAAAGAAACAUCUUUCUUUGGAGACAGUUAACUUCAAGCAUCCUCAAACACAUGAGACAGCACUGCACUGUGCUGCUGCAUCUCCAUAUCCUAAGAGAAAACAAGUAUGUGAAUUGCUGCUGAGGAAAGGAGCUAACAUUAAUGAAAAGACAAAAGACUUCUUGACACCUCUGCAUGUGGCAUCAGAAAAAGCUCAUAAUGAUGUUGUUGAAGUAGUUGUGAAACAUGAAGCUAAGGUUAAUGCAUUGGAUAACCUUGGCCAGACCUCUCUUCAUAGAGCAGCACAUUGUGGUCACCUCCAGACUUGUAGGUUGCUGUUGAGUUCUGGAUGUGAUCCUUCCAUUGUAUCUCUGCAGGGCUUUACAGCCUUACAAAUGGGGAAUGAAAGUGUGCAACAGCUACUGCAAGAAGGUAUCCCUCUAGGUAAUUCAGAUGCAGAUCGACAGUUGUUGGAGGCUGCAAAGGCUGGUGAUGUGGAUACUGUUAAAAAACUGUGUACAGUUCAGAGUGUGAACUGCAGAGAUAUUGAAGGGCGUCAGUCUACACCACUUCAUUUUGCAGCUGGAUACAACAGGGUGUCUGUUGUUGAAUAUCUCCUUCAGCAUGGAGCUGAUGUGCAUGCAAAAGAUAAGGGAGGACUUGUUCCUUUACAUAAUGCUUGCUCAUAUGGUCACUAUGAGGUUGCAGAGCUGCUUGUUAAACAUGGUGCAGUUGUCAAUGUAGCUGACUUGUGGAAGUUUACUCCCUUACAUGAAGCUGCAGCAAAAGGAAAAUACGAGAUUUGCAAACUCCUAUUGCAGCAUGGAGCUGACCCCACAAAGAAGAACAGGGAUGGAAAUACUCCUUUAGACCUCGUUAAAGAUGGAGAUACUGAUAUUCAAGACCUACUUAGAGGAGAUGCAGCUCUGCUAGAUGCUGCUAAGAAAGGUUGUUUGGCUCGGGUGAAAAAGCUCUGUUCACCUGACAAUGUCAACUGUCGAGACACGCAAGGGCGGCAUUCAACACCACUCCAUUUAGCAGCUGGUUACAACAAUUUGGAGGUUGCAGAGUACCUGCUACAGCAUGGAGCAGAUGUGAAUGCCCAGGAUAAAGGAGGUUUGAUUCCUCUGCAUAAUGCUGCAUCUUAUGGGCAUGUGGAUGUGGCAGCUUUGCUUAUAAAGUAUAACGCAUGUGUGAAUGCUACAGACAAAUGGGCUUUCACACCUUUGCAUGAAGCAGCCCAGAAAGGAAGGACUCAGCUUUGCGCCUUGUUGCUGGCACAUGGGGCUGAUCCUACACUGAAAAACCAGGAAGGACAAACACCUUUAGACCUGGUCACUGCAGAUGAUGUCAGCGCACUAUUGACAGCAGCAAUGCCUCCUUCUGCCUUACCAUCUUGCUACAAACCUCAGGUUAUAAGUGUAUCUCAGACAGCAGGUUCUACAGCUGAUCCCCUGUCAUCUGUUCCAUCCAGUCCAUCCAGUCUGUCUGCUGCAAGUAGUCUUGACAAUUUGUCUGGUAGUUUUUCUGAACUUCCAUCGGUUGUUGGUACAAGCAGUGCAGAGGGAGCUGCUGUUCUGGAGAAAAAAGAAGUCUCAGGUGUAGAUUUCAGCAUAAAUCAGUUUGUGCGGAACCUUGGCCUUGAACAUCUAAUUGACAUAUUUGAGAGAGAACAGAUAACACUUGAUGUGUUGGUUGAAAUGGGACACAAAGAGUUGAAGGAAAUCGGAAUUAAUGCUUACGGCCAUAGGCACAAAAUCAUUAAAGGAGUUGAAAGACUCAUUUCUGGACAGCAAGGACUUAACCCAUACCUGACUCUAAACACCUCCAGUAGCGGAACUCUUCUCAUAGAUCUUUCCUCUGAAGAUAAGGAGUUUCAGUCAGUAGAAGAGGAGAUGCAGAGUACUGUCCGAGAGCACAGAGAUGGAGGACAUGCUGGGGGAGUCUUCAAUAGAUACAACAUUUUAAAGAUUCAGAAAGUCUGCAACAAAAAGCUGUGGGAAAGAUAUACUCACCGGAGGAAAGAGGUCUCUGAAGAGAAUCAUAACCACGCUAAUGAAAGGAUGCUGUUUCAUGGCUCCCCGUUUGUGAAUGCAAUCAUUCACAAAGGCUUUGAUGAAAGACAUGCUUAUAUAGGUGGCAUGUUUGGAGCUGGGAUUUAUUUUGCUGAAAAUUCUUCCAAAAGCAAUCAAUAUGUGUAUGGGAUUGGAGGUGGCACUGGAUGUCCAAUUCACAAAGACAGAUCCUGUUAUGUUUGCCAUAGGCAGUUGCUGUUUUGUCGUGUAACACUGGGCAAGUCUUUCCUGCAGUUCAGUGCUAUGAAAAUGGCCCAUUCUCCCCCUGGACAUCACUCAGUUACUGGGCGACCCAGUGUAAAUGGACUGGCAUUGGCAGAAUAUGUCAUUUACAGAGGGGAGCAGGCUUAUCCAGAAUACUUGAUUACUUACCAGAUCAUGAAACCUGAAGCCACCACUGAAGCUUAAGACAAAUUACAUUUGAGAAACCAUCAGACUUGGAUGUGAAGAUACCAAUGUCUGCCAUCCUGUUAACUGCAAUGAGUUGUUGGAAAAAAAAAAAAAAAAAAAAAUCUUCCAUCCACAGGUGGUGUGGUAGCAAAUGUGAAUAAAAUCUGCCGUUUUUGACUUGAUAAAGCUUUAAUAAUGUAUAGUAUGUUUUUCUAAAAUUUCAGAAUUGUCCUCUUUUUCAGCACUUUAACAGACACCAUUCCAGGCGUAAACUGUGGUUUGCCUGUACUAAAUUAAAACAAAAAUUAACUUGAAACAAUGGUUUUAUACAAUACUGCGUUGAAAUAUAACAGAAAUUAUAAUGCUCUAUACAGGAAAUCAUUUUACUAAUAUUGUGUUCUUUAAAACACUGCAUUUACACUGAAAAUGUUUCCGUUUGUAAAACUGUAAAUAAGAGCUUUUGUACUAGCUUGGUAUUUAUUUACAUUGCUUUGUAAUAUAAGUGUUCUAGAACUGCAACCUUGUACAAAAUGGUUUUUUUUCCAAAUGUUGGUUUGUUCAUCUGUUUGCUUAUGCACAAUAGAUUUGAAAAGCCAAUUUUUUUUCAGGGUUUAUAAUUUGUUUGGGGGAGAGAAAACAAAUUUUAUGUGAAGAAGUUUAGAAAUAGCCAACUUUAGAUUGAAUAUUCAAAUUUUUUUCUGUAGUUUUAUUUAUGAAAUAUACAUUCCUGAGAACGAUAGGCUAUGAAAAUAUUCCAGCUGAAUGCUAGGAUGUUCUUCCACCUCUUUACUAGAGUCUCGUAUUUUUAUUUCUGUAAAAUGUCUUCUGAAGUUUUUAUUUAACUGUAGCGAUAGUUGAGCUGUAUCCUCACUUCAAGGCUAGUAGACCUUGCAAGUUAGUUUUAAUAAAUUAUUUUCCUUGAAUGUAGUUGGCAAAUUAACCUCAAGGAGGUCUGUCUCGAGUUCCUCUUGCUUCCAUUUAAGCCUGGAAGUUAAAUGGUUCAUUCCUAAUGUGAGGGUGGCAGCUUGGCCUUCUCCAUAUGAUUAUUUUGCUAAAUGCAUCUCCUUGUUAGUGCCCUCAGGAUGUGAGUAUUGCAAGGUGGAAAUGUUGAAACCAUCACGUCGUCUCCUGUGUUUCUUCCAUGUUCAUGUUCAAGCUGCAGUUGAAGCACUUGUCUAGAAGCGUGCUUGCCUGCAGUGCUUCUGAGUGAGUGGAGCUGAUGGAGGCACAGCUCAGGGCCCUUGUGCUCAGGCUGCUGGAUGAGCAGCGCAGAAGUGGGACCUGCGGUUCUCCCGUGGUGACGGCUGCCCACGGUCCUCUGCUAAGGCACUGCUGUGGAAAAGGAACACCAAAGGUAUCGCCCCGUGCCAGGUCACGUUCAGGGUUAUUGAAUGCGCUGAUGGGUUCGGUCGGCCCUCUCAUAGCUUUCAUGUGUAUUCUACUUCUUUUCCAUCUGCAGUUUUUGCCUACGUAUUUCAAAAAUAUGUAAAUACCGAUCAGAGUUCGUUUGUUUUUAACGUGGUUAGGAGUACGUUUGAGUUGUUUUAUAUUUCUGCACACAGCGUAGUGUCCCGGAAGACAGUUUGGUUGCUGGCCAUGUUAUCAUACCAUGGUUUUAAAUGUAGUAACUGGUCAAGAUAAUGAAAACGUCUUGCUGAUGUGGUGGUUAUGUGAUUAUGCUCUAUGUAAAAAUGUAUUGAAUCUUACCCAGUUAUGUGGGGAAUCUGAGUAAUAAGAUUGCAUAACUUAUCUCUUGCAGAAAGUAACAUUGGCUAUGAAUAAAAAAGGCUUUGAUUUUUAGGUACUUUUCCCAGCAUGUUGCCUGUUCCUUUGGUGUAGUAACGCUGGAAUUGGUGUUCAUGCAAAACCUGUUAAGUAUGUUUAAAGCUUCUUUGUUAUUACUACAAUGCUUCAUUCUCUAUGAAUGAUCACCUAAUGUCUUGUAAAAUAUUGUGGUAUGAUAGAUUUAAGUGGUACCACAACACUGGUUUUGUCUGUUUGGGGAUUUUUUGAGCUGUUUUGGUUGUUUUUUGGUUUUUUUUGCAUGACAUACCUUGCACUCUGAAGAUGGAAGCUGUAAUGAUUUGAUAAUAUUGACUAUUGAGGUGAAUCUUUAAUCUCGUGUGCAAUUAGUUCUGCUUUACUCAUCCUAAAGUGUCUUUACAUGUACUGUAUAACAUUCCAUAUUCAUUUAACACUAAAUAAACUUAAUUCACCGGUUUUCUGGUAGCAUGAGUAAUUAUAGAUGUAGUGUGUCAACCCAUCGUUUUGAAUGUUAGCAUGCAAGACAGUUUAACAAACUGCAUUAGCAGAGGGGAAAUUAAUUGCAUUAGAGAAGCGUGGACAAAAACCUGUAAAUACUGUGGAAACUUGUAGUUUGGUGUAUAACUAACUGCUUUAGCUGACAGUGCAGAUGUUUUAGUGAGCUGAAGCUUCCAUCUACAUUUAUUACACAUUUAAAACUGCAUUAUCUGGUCCUAAGCUGGAAGAAAAUGGCCUCGAAUUGCUUCUAUAAAAUGAAGAGUAGCCUGAAAACUUGGACCUUUCAGGUUAGCGUAUUGGUAGCAGUGUGAUAAACAACUUACUGAUAGCACUAAGUAAAUAGUUCUCUUUCAGUAGGAGUGUUUGUGUGGUGGGUGAUUUCCAAAACCAGACUUGAACAGAAGGUGUAGACAGAGGCGAUCGCUAGAUGGCAGGAGAGUAAAUCUGUAGUAAGACAGAAGGUGAUGAAAUUCCUUAAGGUAUCUUGGGAAUAAAAUUACAAAGAAAAUCAUUUCUGAAAACUUUGCCUAUCUGGGUUGUUACCAGAAGCAAACAAAGUAAAUUUAACUUUCCAUUCUGCAUUUUGUAAAGUAAUUAGUGUAAAAACAACUGCUUCAACUAAAGAAAUUGAAAACGUUAAUUUUUUUCAAAACUAUAUUCAUAGUAAGAGUUCAGUUCUCAGAAACAAUUUGGGAAGACUCUUCUGCUGUAUGUAACUGAAAACUAAGAUUUAUCCAUGCAGUGUGUGUCCAGUGUUCAAGAGCUGUGUUGACACUGAUUUUGAGUGGAGUAGAUUGUAUAAAAGGAGUUGCUCCUGUCUUUUCUACCCUGAACUUCCCCAUUAAGCAUCGUACUGUGUGUGCCUGUACAUGUGUAUUUUUGAGCAUGCACACACAUGCUUUUUCCCUUACCUCGUUCACUACAGAGGAACAAUAACACUGGAGCUGCAGUGGCUGAGGAUGGUGGCAGUGGGGGCAGUGCUGUAGCUGAAGGUGCACAAGGGGCACGUGCCUCUUGCUGCCCCGUAGGGGAACGGUGCUCUGGAGCAGCACAGGGAGGGGAUUUUUACUCUGGCUGUGUGCCUCCCCAGGUGACCAGGAAAAGCUGCAGGCGGCCAGAACAGAGAGCAAGACAAAGAGAAAAAGCACGUAGAUGACUGGUUUGGAGUUAAUGUGUUCUGCUCUGAAAAGGGGAAGGUUGAUAACAGAGAAGACAGGAGGGGAGAGAGACGCUGCCUUUGAAGAAAGAAAUGCAAAUUGUAAGGGUGCUAUGAAGUUAAGGUUAUUUCUGUCUCAUUUUUGAGUCGAAAUGGCAAAUAAAUGUUGAUGCAUAGACAUUACAGGGAUUUCAAAAUAGCAGCUCUUGUUAAGAGCUCAAGUAGUUGUAAGGAGAAAAUUGCAGCCAAUUCAAAACCAUCACUUUAGACCUGGGAAGUAACAUAUGCAAGCAAAUUAAAUAGGAUUCAAAGCCUGAAAGCAAACAUCCUGAGUAGUAGUUCUUAAAAGGAUUGUUUGGUAAGCAGUAUCAGAGACAACUGCCAGUCAAAACAGCGCAGCAGCUCACACCCUUACUCUGUAUACCACUGGAUGGAAGUAGUCUGGGAGGCAUAGUGAAAUCAUGAAAACAAUUUGCAAGAGAUACAAGAGUCUCACAUUAUACGCAUAGCAGCUUUUAAUAGCCAAGAACCUGCUGCAAGCAAAGUGUUCUGCAUUAGGUGUGCCCACUGCCUGCCUCCUGAGCCCUCCCUUCUCCCAGAACCACCAGCUUUUUGAAAAAGGACUUAACUUAGUGUAUGACUUAAAUGCUUUGUGUAUCAAGUUUGGGUUAUGUUUACUUUUGCAGGAAGAAGAAGAAGAAGUAAUGAUAUAGUGUUGUGCAAUUAAUAGCUUAAAUGUUGUUAAUUGUGUAGUAGGGUGAAUUAUGUAUUACAGAUGCUUUAUUGUAAUAUCAAUAAAUAACAUAUUUUCAUUUUAAAACUA